AUGGGUACUGGAAGAUCUGUCCGGAGGAUGUCGGGAGACCCUGGAAUCUGGGAAAUGGAACAAUUAACAUUUAGAGAUGUUUCCCUAGAAUUCUCUCCAGAGGAGUGGGCUUGCCUGGACCCUGCUCAGCAGAAUUUGUUUAGGGAUGUGAUGUUAGAGAACUACAGAAACUUGGUCUCUCUGGGUCUUUUGACCUCCAAACCAGACCUCAUCAUCUGUCUGGAGCAAAGCAAAGAACCUUGGAAGGUGAACAGACAAAAGACAGAAGCCAAACACCCAGUGACUGUGAAGCUUAAACUCCUGAGCUCAAGCAAUCCACCCUCCUUGGCCUCCCAGAGUGCCAGGAUUACAGGUGUGAACCACCUCACCUGA